CCUUUCCCCGUGCUGCCCGCCCUGUUCCGGUUCCUAAUCCGAGGCCCGGCCCCCUUCGCCUGUGUCCAUCACUCCGUGCGGAGUCGCCGUCAGCAUGUCUGACAAACUGCCCUACAAAGUCGCUGACAUCAGCCUGGCUUCCUGGGGACGCAAGGUCUUGGACAUCGCGGAGAACGAGAUGCCGGGCCUGAUGCGCAUGCGAGAGAUGUACUCGGCUUCCAAGCCACUGAAGGGCGCCCGCAUUGCUGGCUGCCUGCACAUGACCAUUGAGACAGCUGUCCUCAUUGAGACCCUCGUUGCCCUGGGUGCUGAGGUGCGGUGGUCUAGCUGCAACAUCUUCUCCACGCAGGACCAUGCAGCAGCUGCCAUUGCCAAGGCUGGCAUUCCAGUGUAUGCCUGGAAAGGUGAAACAGAUGAGGAGUACAUGUGGUGCAUUGAGCAGACGCUGUACUUCAAGGAUGGGCCUCUCAACAUGAUUCUGGAUGAUGGCGGUGACCUCACUAACCUCAUCCACACCAAGUACCCACAGCUCUUGUCAGGCAUCCGAGGCAUCUCCGAGGAGACCACGACAGGGGUCUGUAAUCUAUACAAGAUGAUGGCCAAGGGGAUUCUGAAGGUUCCUGCCAUCAAUGUCAAUGACUCCGUCACAAAGAGCAAAUUUGACAACCUCUAUGGCUGCCGGGAGUCCCUCAUAGAUGGCAUCAAGCGGGCCACAGACGUGAUGAUUGCGGGCAAGGUGGCGGUGGUAGCGGGAUAUGGCGACGUGGGCAAGGGUUCUGCCCAGGCCCUGAGGGGUUUUGGGGCCCGAGUCAUCAUCACCGAGAUUGACCCUAUCAACGCACUGCAGGCCGCCAUGGAGGGGUAUGAAGUGACCACCAUGGAUGAGGCCUGUCAGGAGGGCAACAUCUUUGUCACCACCACAGGCUGUGUUGACAUCAUCCUCGGCAGGCACUUUGAGCAGAUGAAGGAUGACGCCAUCGUAUGCAACAUUGGACACUUUGACGUGGAGAUUGAUGUCAAGUGGCUGAAUGAGAAUGCUGUGGAAAAAGUGAACAUCAAGCCCCAGGUGGACCGUUACCGGCUGAAGAAUGGGCACCACAUCAUCGUGCUGGCUGAGGGCCGUCUGGUCAACCUGGGCUGUGCAAUGGGUCACCCCAGCUUUGUGAUGAGCAACUCCUUCACCAACCAGGUGUUGGCGCAGAUUGAACUGUGGACCCAUCCUGACAAGUACCCUGUUGGGGUCCACUUUUUGCCCAAGAAGCUGGACGAAGCAGUAGCUGAAGCCCACCUGCGCAAACUGAAUGUGAAGCUGACCAAGCUGACUGAGAAGCAGGCCCAGUACCUGGGCGUGCCCCAUGAUGGCCCCUUCAAGCCCGAUCACUACCGUUACUGAGAACCAGGCCUGCCCUUUCUGCCUUCUAUCUGCUGUCCCACCUCUUCUCCCCAAGAGCAAAUGGCACCAACUUUGAGAAUGGUUUGUUAAUGUCCCCCAUCAACUCCCUGGCGCUGGUCACUCAGUCUUUGGUCUCCACUACAUCCUGAGUACUGUCUCAUGUGUGGCUGGGGGAAUUGAGAAGCCCCUCCUCAAGCCCUGGUCACAGUGGAGGUACAUGGGAGAUACCUACUGGGAACCAUGAGUUCAGGGGUUUUGGAACUGCUUACUCACUCCGUCCUUCCUUAGGCUGGAAAGUGGAAGCAGUGGUCACAACUCUACCUAAACUCUAACCUGGCCUAUGGGUGUUGUACCCACAUUCUUGGUUUAUAGGUUCACUGGUUCCUCAGCCCAUAACAGAUGAGGAGCUAUAUCAGAGGGCAGGGAGGAAUUGUUGGUGUUUGAAUGCUCCUGAGAGUCUGGCUUAGUGCUGAGCAUUCUCUUAAACCUCAGAACAAUGAGGUUGGUAUUUUCAGUCCCUAUUUUACAGGGGUUAUAAAAUAUACUGUUAAUGGGUCAGCCGAAAACAGACAAGAGAAUUGACAACCAGAAGUUGAGAGGGGCCAGAGAAUCUUAAAAGCAGGCAUAGGUCUGCCUCUACUUUGUAAUGGUUCCUUUCACAACCCUGGAUCAAAAAGAGAUUAAUUUGGUUUAUAAUGUUUAUAUAGUACUUAAAAUGUUAGAGCAGGAAGGUAGGUAAAUAAAUUUUGGUGCCUAAAAGAACUUUGAGUCUUUAUUAUGUAGAUAAUCCACUUUCAACGAUGUAUGUCUUGAGCA